CUCAUAUAUCGUCACGGCUGAUUUGGCGGGAAUCUUCAGAAAACACAAAAAAACCAAGUGGCCAUCACAUUUCCGAAUCAAAUACUUGUAAAAUAAAAAAAGAGAAACAAAAAACUAUUUAAAGUUUCAAAUUCAAACUUCCAAACACUGCGUCUUCCUUCUCCAACACUCUUCAUUUUGUUCUAUAAAUACUAUCACCCUAACAAACAAGCUUUUACAGCAUUACCCAUUUGACAAUAUUCCUGAAAGAAAAAGAAACAAGCCAAUUAUGUACGUGAUAAAGAGAGAUGGGCGUCAAGAGCCAGUUCAUGUCGACAAGCUCACAGCCACAUUGAAGAAGCUAAGUUACGGGCUUAGCAAAGACCACUGUGACCCGGUGCUUGUGGCUCAGAAGGUCUACUCUGGGGUCUGUGAAGGUGUCACUACAACGCAGCUUGCCGAGUUAGCCGCUGAAAUUGCUGCUGCUUUGACUGCUAACCACCCUGAUUAUGCUUUGUUGGCGGCAAGAAUAGCAGUUUCCAAUCUACAUAAAAGUACUGAGAAGUCGUUUUCAGAGACGGUAAAAAUCAUGUAUAAUUACAUAAACAAGAAGUCUGGAAAGGUGGCUUCUCUUAUUGCUGAUGAUGUUUAUGAAAUAAUAAUGAAGAAUGCUGCACAACUGGACAGUGAGAUAAUAUAUGACAGAGAUUUUGAUUUUGAGUACUUCGGCUUUAAAACACUUGAGAGGUCUUAUUUACUUAAAAUGGAUGGCAAAGUUGUGGAAAGGCCACAACACAUGUUGAUGAGGGUUGCUGUUGGUAUCCAUAAAGUUGAUAUUGCCUCUGCUAUCAAAACGUACCAUUUGAUGUCCCAACGUUGGUUCAUUCAUUCUACUCCAACCCUUUUCAAUGCAGGAACCCCUCAGCCUCAAUUGAGUAGCUGUUUCCUACUUUGUAUGAAGGAUGACAAUAUUGAUGGUAUAUAUGAUACUCUGAAGGAAUGUGCUGUAAUUAGCAAAUUAGCUGGAGGAAUCGGUGUCUCCAUUCAUAAUAUCCAUGCCACAGGGAGUUAUGAUUCUGAAGCAAAUGGGAUUUCCAAUGGAAUUAUUCCUAUGCUCCGAGUAUUUAAUGAUACUGCUCGCUAUGUUGACCAAGGAGGUGGUAAAAGAAAAGGUGCUUUUGCUAUAUAUUUAGAACCAUGGCAUGCUGAUAUCUUCGAGUUUCUAGAUCUUAGAAAGAACCAUGGAAAGGAAGAAUGGCGGGCUCGAGAUCUAUUUUAUGCUCUUUGGGUUCCUGAUCUUUUUAUGGAAAGGGUUCAAGGUGAUGGAAAAUGGUCUUUGUUUUGUCCUUCUGAUGCUCCUGGUCUAGCUGAUUGUUGGGGUGAAGAGUUUAAAAGAUUGUAUACCCAAUAUGAGAAAGAGGGUAAGGCACGAAUGCUUAUUCCUGCAAGGAAGCUGUGGUUUGAGAUUCUGAAUUCCCAAAUUGAAACAGGGACUCCUUAUAUGCUUUUCAAGGAUUCUUGCAACAGGAAAAGUAACCAGCAAAAUCUAGGCACUAUCAAGUCCUCAAAUCUGUGCACGGAGGUUAUUGAGUUCUCAAGUCCAACAGAAACUGCAGUAUGCAAUCUGGCAUCUAUUGCUCUGCCCAGAUUUGUCAGGGAAAAGGGAGUUCCUUUGGCUUCACACUCAUCAAUGCUUCUCGGCAGUAGAGGUUGGAAGAAAAGAUAUUUUGAUUUUGAAAAAUUAGCAGAGGUUACCGCAACUGUUACUGCAAAUCUUAAUAGAAUCAUUGAUGUCAAUUAUUACCCAAAUGAAAGUGCAAGGAGGUCAAAUGCACUUCAUAGACCCAUUGGUAUAGGAGUUCAGGGUCUAGCUGAUGCUUUCAUCCUGCUUGGCAUGCCAUUUGAUUCUCCAGAGGCUCAACAGCUAAAUAAGGAUAUAUUUGAGACCAUCUAUUACCAUGCAUUGAAAGCUUCUUCUCAGUUGGCUGGAAAAGAUGACCCUUAUAAAACAUAUAGUGGGAGUCCUGUGAGCAAGGGAAUACUUCAGGUAGACAUGUGGGGUGUUAUACCAUCGGAUCGGUGGGAUUGGAAUGAUCUUAGAGAAAUGAUAUCCAAGAAUGGAGUGAGAAAUUCUCUUCUUCUAGCACCUAUGCCAACUGCUUCAACCAGCCAGAUUCUUGGCAACAAUGAGUGCUUUGAGCCUUACACCUCCAACAUCUAUAGUCGCCGAGUUUUAAGUGGUGAAUUUGUUGUAGUGAACAGGCACCUGCUUCAUGAUUUGACAGAAAUGGGCCUCUGGUGUCAUUCUCUUAAGGCCAAGAUACUCUACCACAAUGGCUCAGUUUCUAAAAUACCAGAAAUACCUGAUGAGCUGAAAGCCAUCUACAAGACUGUGUGGGAGAUCAAGCAAAAGACCCUGGUUGACAUGGCUGUUGAUCGGGGAUGCUAUAUAGAUCAGAGUCAGAGUUUGAAUAUUCACAUGGAGCGACCUGAUCCUGGAAAGCUAACUUCAUUGCAUUUCUAUGCUUGGUCCAAGGGUCUGAAAACUGGGAUGUAUUAUCUACGAACACGAGCUGCGGCCGAUGCCAUCAAAUUUACUGUUGAUACUUCUGUUCUCAACAAUGAAAAUGCUAACCUAGUGAGCCUUGAUGUCAAUUCCUGUAUGGCACAAACCGUAUGUUCGUUGGAAAAUGGAGAAGAGUGCAUGGCUUGUGGAAGUUAGAAUUCCUUUUUGUCAAUUCUUUUAGUGAAGAUCUUGUUGACAGGUAAGAGCAGUGGAAGGCUGUAAUCUUAUAUCUUGAGCAUUAAUCACCUUCAAAAUGGAAUUGAAGGGAUCCUAAUAUAGUGUCUAGUAUAGAUCUGACCAUUUUGAAACUACAGCAUAGUAUAGCAUGUUUUCUCCAUACAGCCUUUUUUGCAUGAGCUCUUAGGUGGCUCCUUCUCAUCAGGGUGUUGUCAAUUAGUCAGUAUGCCAACUUUACAUAGGCUUCUUGUAAUUGUUUGUAGAAGAAAACUCACAUUAUGUUAUAUAAAAGUUUCUGUUGUUUUCCGCUGAUGCGUUUUAUCUGAUGGUCACAUGUACCAUUAAUGUUGUUGACGAUCUCUCUUGUGUAUGAGUUUAUCCAUAUUCUUAUGGAUGAGGCUUGAAUUGCCUUUCCCGACUUUGAUUUAGGUCUUUUGUAGGUCAGUAUAGCAUGAACUGUCUUGAGCACUAUUGUCAUGGAAAAGCUGGAAAUGGAAUUGCUGUCUAGAGAAUUUCUUUAUUUUUCGUUUUUCUUUCAAUAGUCAUGGAAAAGCUAGAAAUGGAAUUAGAUCUUGUGACUAAAUCGUCUAAGUUGGUUCAUAACCAACGCCGUCAAAUUUGAAAAUGUUUUACUGAAAAUAGUGUGACACUGUUGAUGAUUAUUUCUUUAUGACUUCGACAUUAGCUGAAGUAAAACACAAGGUGAGACUUUUAGAUUUGUCAUGUUGUGAGAUAUGGAUAUUGUCCAAAAGUCAACUACAGAGAAUGGUCCUAAGUUGAACUUUGGAUUGUCUUUGGAUUUUGUUUUUAAUUGGUUUGGGAAUUUCCCUUGUAUCCAGCUCCUUUCUAUUGGAUUCAAACAAGCAAAUUGCAUUCAUGGUGGUUGUCUAAUAUCUUUAUAGUUUUAUUUUGCUAUUUUUAGUUUGAUUUCUAUAGAGAAUCAUGUUUCUGUUAUUUUGAUGGUUGGACAUUCUACUAGUGGAUAUAUACUGAGUUUUGCAUGUGGAGAAUGAUUUUGAUAGUGACAGCACCCGUCAGCAGAUCAUUGAUAUAUGCAGCUCUGAUAAGAAUAUCAGCCAGCCGUAUACUACAAUUUAGCUGUAUGUAUCAUGUUAACUAGUUUCUGAUAAGCACACUCCUUGUGGCCUUUCCAUUAGUGGCAAAACUGAUACAGUUAGUACAGUUAUUGUUUCAAGAUAUAUGAUAGUGUAUGAAAAGGAUUAUUUUCGUCUUCAUACACUAUAACUCGUGAAAUUACAAAAAAUUCAUGCAGGCAGGUUAAACAUUCUAAAUGAAGCCUACUGAGGAGGAUAUAGCAUGAGA